GGCGGCGGCGGCGGCGGCGCGGCCGGUUCCGGGUUCGGCGCGGGGCGGGGGCUAAGCCGGGCGGGUGGCUCGCGGGAGGCGGCGCGGCGGAGGCGCUGAGGCCCGGAGGCCACGGGGCGGAGCCGCGGGCAGCCGCCCGUCCCGACGUUUCCGGGUCCGAGUCUCGACAGAUGUGAAUCCGAUGGAGCAGCCCGGGGACGGCGAGCAGCCGCCUCCGCAGCAGCCGUGGGGGCGGCUCCUCCGCCUGGGCGCCGAGGAGGGCGAGCCGCCCGUUCUCCUGCGGAAACGGGAGUGGACCUUCGGGCGGAAGAGAGGUUGCGACCUUUCGUUUCCGGGCAAUAAGCUGGUCUCUGGAGAUCACUGUAAAAUCAUUUGGGAUGAGAAAUCUGGGCAGGUGCUGCUGGAAGAUACCAGCACCAACGGCACGGUGAUUAACAUGCUGAAGGUUGUGAAGAAGCAGACUUGUCCUUUGCGGACGGGCGAUGUCAUCUACGUGGUGUACAGGAAGAACGAGCCAGAGCACAACGUGGCGUACCGCUACGAGGCGUUAAGUGAAAAGCCAGGCGUGGCACAGGACUCCUUUGAAGCCACAAAGGAAAACGUGUUCCAUGCGACCAAAGAUACCUCAGGUGCAGGGCGAGGGGACCAGCCCCAGGGCCUGCCGUCGUCGCCCACCACUCAGGCGUGCUUUGAGGAACCACAGCCAUCGACGUCCACGUCGGACCUCUUCCCCACGGCCUUUGCCUCUUCCAUGGACCCCCCCGCAGGGCGAGUGCCACCCUCCGGCUCUGCUGCCGGAGGUGCCAGCGUCUCCCCGGAAGGGUGCGGUGCACCCGUGACCAGUGAUGAGCCCUCCAGCAUCCCGUCAGCUGUCCCCAGAGAAGGAGCAUCCCCUCCUCCAUCGGAACCGCAGGAUCAGGAGGGCCUGGAGCCCAUUACGAAGAGAAUGAGAGGAGAUGAGGAGCCCAACCUGAAACUGCCUUUGCUGGUCGCAGACCAGGGUCGGGACACCCAUGGCACCCUCGAGGAGGUCAGAGCUGCCGCCGAGAAGCCUGACAAGAUGGAGGAGACGCUCACGUGCAUCAUCUGCCAGGACCUGCUGCACGACUGCGUGAGCCUGCAGCCCUGCAUGCACACCUUCUGCGCGGCCUGCUACUCGGGCUGGAUGGAGCGCUCCACGCUGUGCCCCACGUGCCGCUGCCCCGUCGAGCGGAUCUGUAAAAACCACAUCCUCAACAACCUGGUGGAGGCGUACCUGCUCCAGCACCCAGACAAGAGUCGCAGCGAGGAAGACGUGCGGAGCAUGGCCACCAGGAACAAGAUCACUCAGGACAUGCUGCAGCCCAAAGUCAGGAGGUCUUUCUCGGACGAGGAGGGCAGUUCGGAGGACCUGCUGGACCUGUCCGAUGUGGACAGCGAGUCCUCGGAUGUUAGCCAGCCGUACAUCGUGUGCAGACAGUGCCCUGAGUACCGAAGGCAGGUGGGGCCGCCCCUGCUCUGCUCGGGGCCAGGCAGCGAGCAGGGGCCACCGCAGGCCUCUGGCGACACACCGUCGACAUCUGCCAGCACCACGACAGCCCAGGAUUACGUGUGCACCCUGCAAGGAAGCCACGCCAUAUGCACCUGCUGCUUCCAGCCCAUGCCCGACCGGAGGGCAGAGCGUGAGCAGGACCCCCGCAUCGCCCCCCAGCAGUGUGCCGUCUGCCUGCAGCCCUUCUGUCACCUGUACUGGGGCUGCGCCCGGACCGGCUGCCUCGGCUGCCUGGCCCCCUUCUGUGAACUCCACCUGGGCGACAGGUGUCUGGACGGGGUGCUGAACAACAACAACUACGAGUCCGACAUCCUGAAGAACUACCUGGCGGCCAGGGGUUUGACGUGGAAGAACGUGCUGACUGAGAGCCUGGUGGCUCUGCAGAGGGGAGUGUUCCUACUGUCUGAUGACAGAGUCACGGGCGGCACCGUGCUGUGCUACUGCUGCGGCCUGCGAAGCUUCCGGGAGCUGGCCUACCAGUAUCGGCAGAACAUUCCGGCCUCUGAGUUGCCAGUGGCUGUGACUUCCCGUCCCGACUGCUAUUGGGGUCGCAACUGCCGCACUCAGGUGAAGGCCCACCAUGCGAUGAAAUUCAAUCAUAUCUGUGAACAGACGAGGUUCAAGAACUAAGCGCUUGAGGAUGCACCAAGAUGGCUUGGAAGUGCAGGGGUCAAUGACAGCGUGUUUCAGGAAAUACUAAAUAUGAACAUUUUAAGGGCAUUUUACACUUCCCUCAGGGCAUGCUGGGGGUCUGUGCAUCCAGCACUCGGGUGUGACUUUUUCUGUGGAGGAGACCCUCUCAGUGAGGCGCAGCAGCCGCCUGGGGCACACAACUGUCCGCUGAGCUUGGGGCCGCCCGAAGUGCUUCAGCCAGAAUAGCCACCAGCCGCCCCCCUCCUGAGAUGGUGGUGAGCAGGUUUGCUCUGUACCUUCCCCACACUAUGGUUAAAACGCACAUCUCUCUUCAGGAAAAGUUCCAUGGCAGAGAGAGGACAGUUGGUCAGAAACAUUCUGUUGUUUAAGGAAAAGGUUUACAGGCUGUGCAGUGCCCCAUGGGAAACCAGUAGUUUCUUAUAUGCUUUUUGUUUUAAUAGGGUUGAUGCUUAUCUUCUAGUAAGAUUUAAAAUGCCACAAACUAUAGCACAAGUAAUAUAAUUUAUAUAAUUUACAAGUUGACAAAAAUUGGGGUAGUAUGGUAUUGAAAGCAUAAACGUGUUUCUCUGUAUUAAUAAAAACGUCGCCAGGUGUCCAGAACUGCUAACCCUGGACCCUGACAGUGCACGGCCCCUCCCAGGCGUGGGCGAGCUGGGUUGCCACCACGCUGAGCCCACAAGGAAGCAAAGUGCUGGCCCUGCUGCUCCUCCCUCAGCAUAGCUGCGGGCCCCACCCAGUGUCCCCAUGUUCCUCAUUCCUUCCUGUGGGGCCGUGGCCAUGGGCGGCCAAAGUGCCAGUUGCAGGUCAGCCCUGGUGGCACCACGACCUCCCUGGAGCAGUCUCUUCCUUCCCACCAGGAGCACGAGGGGCCUUUUUUCCCACUGGUCCUUGCCCUGUCCUCCAGCGUUGGGUUUGCUGUCAUCUGGAAUAAUACUUGAAGUUUUGUUAUUUGUAAAAGAAAAAAUGUUUUUUAUUUUUUGUUAAGAUCACCUGUUAUGUUUGUUUGCAAAAUUGUAACCUUCUUGCUUCUCAGGAAUACAACGGUUGUCUUGCUCUUGAUACAGACUGAGAAGCAGCAGUGUGUGUGAGAGAAGGCUGCCUUCCCACAUCCAAUAAACAAGCCGCAUCUGUUUCUCUCUC